AUGCCAUCCUCUUCGGAUGACGACGAUGAAACGGCCUUCCAAGGCCAAUAUAGAGACGACUCUUCCUCCAGCUCAUCAUCAUCUCCACCGCCAUUGCAACAGCAACAACACAACUUCUUCGCGCCUCCAUUCUACAAUCGUCCUCCCACACCUCUCCCUCCUUCACCAUCUCUGACCUCCCUUCUGCGACCAUCGAGACCUACCACACCCGACAGCUCAGCAGACGAACUAGAACCUGUCCCACGAGCUUCUCCGAAAGUACCAACCUACGAAUACUAUGGCUUCGUGCUUUACCUUUUCUCCUCGCUUACCUUCCUCAUGUACCUUUUAUGGUCAUACCUACCUUCCCCCUUCCUACACGCGCUUGGUAUCACCUGGUACCCCGAUCGAUGGUGGUCUCUGGCAUUGCCAUCAUUCAUCGUAAUGUUAUUGGUAUAUAUUUACGUUGCAUUGGCAUCAUACAAUACGGGAUAUCUCACUUUACCUCUCUCCUCGAUUGAAACGAUUGUCGACGAUGCUUCUAGUGUCGCGACUCUAGAUGGUAAAGGUCGGAAGUUGCCAGGUGGGAAAAAGAAGGAGCGAGUGGAUACUACUUUGAAGGAUUGGAAAACCGUGUGGAGCCAGGGAACAGAUGCGGUGAUGGACGUCCCCCUUGGUGGAGUCUGCGAGGUCUUAUAUGGCGACCUGAGGGAGGAUGUUGACACAGACGACGAUCCUUGA